UUAUCUUUCAUUACUUUCAUUUACACUCACUUUCCCCCUCACACUCACUCCUACCAACCAACCAACCAACCAACCAAAUGUCAAAAAACGACCAGAAACUGGCCGGUUUCGAUAAUAUAUGGCUUCAAUUGGAUCAUCCUCAGCGACUCAUGAAUGUCUUCAGUCUUUGGGUAUUCAAGCAUGAACUCGAAGUUGAAGCAGUCAGCGAAAGCCUGGAAAAGCUCUGCAAAGAAUACCCUCGAUUUACCGAAAUACCAAUCAACGGCAGCUCAUUUCACACCGCAACUUGGGCAAAAGCUGAUCCCUGGUGCCCAGUCAUGAACAUCAAAAGACACACCCUCGAAAAACCUACAGAAGAAUGUCUCAAGGCCUACAUGAGCGAAGAAAUUAUCAAACCAUUCGACCCCGAAAGACCAUUAUGGCAACUGCACAUGAUUUCUGGACUGGAGAACGGCAAGGCUGCUGUGUACUGGAAAGCACAUCACGCCUUAUCCGACGGCGAAGGAUUUAUCAGAAGUUUACUUGCUGUAACCUCGUUUGGCGGCAAAGAAGAUCAGCCAAAGCUUGUAACUCACGCCAGAAAAACCAACCUGUUGACCAAGUCUGCACCAGUGUACCCCAUUACCGAUCACACUCUGUCGGUUCAACUCAUCAAAGACAUGGCCAAUUUCCUCAUUCUCUGGCUCUCAUUCUGGCUUCAUGUCAUAUUCGUAAAGCUGUACUCGAUCUGGAUUAUUGUGGAGCACGAUGUCCGUAUGGGCUUGGUGUGCCUUUUGCCCCUUCAUCGUCACGAUCUCUACUAUUCUGGAAUCCAAAAAAACCAAAAAGAAAUCUCCUGGUCUGAAUCGAUUACUCUCGAUGAUGUCCGAAUCGUCCGAGAGGCCUUCCACGGAACAGUCAAUGACAUAAUGAUCGUAGUAGUAACAAGAGCCAUCAAGUCCUAUAUCGAAUCCUUUGGCACACGCAAAGACAACUAUGCUAGAAUGCUGAUUCCUCUGUCUCUUCGCCAACCCGACGACUGGAGUACUCGUAAUGUGGUCAGUGGAACAUGGGGCUGGUUCUCGAUGAAGGAUCUCGACACACGUUCAUUAGUAAAACAAGUCCAGCGAGAAAUGACAGCCAUCAAGACCUCCUAUUUCCCUACAGCCUAUUAUCAGUUUAUGCAGAGCGUCAUGGGCUCUAUCCCUGGUAUUCUCCCUCCUCUUCAAGUCGUAGACUUGUACGCAGACAUUCCUCAUGCCGUAUUCACCAAUGUACCCGGCCCAACAACCCCUAUCACAUUUGGUGGCCAACAAGUCGAAGAAUUCCGUCUCUGCAGCCCACUUUCUGGAAAAGGAAGUCUUGGUAUCGGCCUUUCAUCAUACUGUGGAAAGCUCGCCAUUACCACCCAGUCCGACAGUCACCCCGAAUACCCUCAUCUUGCAGAUAGUAUUUGCAAGCGAUUUGUGAAAGAGUUUGACCUUCUUCUUGCGGAGGCCAAAGAUGAGUUGGCCCGUAAGCCCGAACUCAAACCUAUUUCAUAGAAACUAUACGCAUUAAUUAUUUAACCAUCAUACAUUUUUUAAUAUAUAUAAUAUAUAUAUAUAUGUACAUAUAUUAUAUUAUAUAUAUAAAAUAAAUAAACAUCCUGAGAAUUUUCAUUUUAUUAUUAUUAUUAUUAAAGAAAUAUACAAAUACAAAAU